GCAGAUUCAGUAGUAUAAACACGGCGCUAAAACCCGGUCGUUUAAAAUUGUAACUGAGAAAUCUUUUGUACGUCUUUGGUUUUACGAUUAUUAUUUUUUUACGAUAAAAAAUAGAUUAUUUAAGUCAAUGUCAAAGUUCUUUAAUCUUAAAUGUUUAAUUGGACAAAAUAACUGUAUAAACUUGAUUCUAUUUCAACGCUAAGCGGCUUGGUUACUUAGACUUAGAUAUGGAACAAAAACACGAAACAGGUGUUCGGGUAUAUACGUUUGUAGAUGACGACGGAAAAAAUCGUAAACGACAAUAUAAAUGGUGGGAAAAGUUUUGCUUACGAUGCCAUCAAGAAGACUCAACGCCCUCAUGGCAACCAUCGUGGUGGUCGAAAGUUUUUCCGUUUCCAUUUUUUUCAACCUACAGACAGUCGGCACAACAAAUCUGCAUUAUAAUGUUCUUUCUUCUCGCGUGGGGUAUCCUGUAUUCAGAACUCGGUGAAUCUGUAGGUUUACAAGGCGAACUACUUAGUAUGUCACUUCUAGUCAUCUCCGCGUACUUAAUCGGCUGGGUAUGGUUGAAGAUUACGACACUACCAGCACUAAUAGGAAUGCUUCUAACAGGAAUAGCUUUCCAAAAUCUUCAACUCGUGCAUAUGACAGAUUCGUACAGAAAAUUGAAUCAAGAUUUGAGAAAAAUUGCGUUAGUGAUAAUACUUACCAGAGCUGGACUUGGUUUGGAUGCAGAAGUCUUAAGGAAACACUACGCUGCGGUGCUUCAACUUGGUCUCCUGCCAUGGCUUGUAGAAUGCGUAUUAAUUGCUGUCAGCACACAUUACCUGUUGUACUUACCAUGGAUUUGGGGAUUCCUCCUAGGUUCAAUGAUAGCAUCAGUAUCUCCAGCAGUGGUAGUUCCAUGUCUGUUUAGGCUACGAGACGUUGGUUAUGGCGUUGCCAAAGGAAUACCAACAAUUGUUGUAGCUGCGGCUGCGGUGGACGAUUCCAUCAGUGUGGCUAUUUUCGCCAUUAUCCUAAACGCUAUGUUCUCAACAGGAUCUGCUACUUUCAAUAUCAUUAAGGGUCCAGUAUCGAUAGUAGCAGGUGUGGUCCUUGGAUCUCUUUGGGGAGCCAUGACUUCUGUUAUUCCAGAAAAGGGUGAUACUUACGUAGUCCCAUUGCGAUUCAUGGCACUAUUUCUAGGAGGCUUAUUCUCACUGUUUAUAUCGAGCAUGAUUGGGUGGAGCGGUGCAGGUCCUCUAGCUAUAGUAUCGUCUGGAUUCGUAGCAGCAUAUUUCUGGGAAAAGCAGGGUUGGCCUGUAAAUAAAAACCCCGUCAGCAACAUUUUCAGAAUUUUAUGGAUAUUUUUCGAACCAAUUUUAUUUGCUUUCACUGGAGCCCAAAUUACGAUAAGCGCCUUAGACCCACAAGUGAUCAAGAUGGCUGUUAUUUGCUUGGUAUCAUGUUUAGUGCUGCGUGCCAUUGCCACAUUUUUUGUAAGCUUUGGCUGCGGUCUUAAUAGUAAGGAAAAAAUAUUCAUUGGUCUUACAUGGACGGCGAAAGCUACUGUACAGGCUGCGUUAGGGCCAGCUGCUUUAGAUCUAGUUAACAGUGGCCAGACAUCAGGCGCUGCCAAAGAAGACGAACUAUAUUAUGCGAAAGCAAUCCUCGCUGUCAGUGUCAUAAGUGUGGUGAUUUCAGCUCCUCUAGGAGCGUUACUCAUUGCUCUUACGGGUCCUAAAUUGCUUAGCAAGGAUGAGCCUGCCGAGGUGCAGAAUGUUCAAGACGCUGAAAAUCAGCAGUCCACUCAAAUUUGACGCUACUAGUAAAACGUACGCUCGUGUUGCUUAAGCUCCGGUACUUCCGAGUACCUAUGCAAACAAGAAUUAAAAAAAAAUCUCCACUAUUUUAACUUUUUAUAAUAUAAAUUUUAACUUAGGAAUGUUAAGUUCUUAUCAUAUAAUAAGGUUCAUAAAUAUGGGUAUAGUUUAUAGGUAUGUUUAAAUAAUUUGUAUUAUAUACUUAAUACUAGUUAUACAUGCAAUUAUAGUCAGGUCAGGACAUAAAUGUACAAAAAGUACCUAAGUCAUGUUACUUAACUAGAAAAUAAAUAAGCGUGGAUUUAAAUAAAACAAUUGAAAAUGAA